AUGGUCGCUACACGUCGCGGUGCGAAAACCGCCCCAGAGGUCGCCUCUGCACCCCCCAACACGCUCAACGCCCCUCCCAAGCGCGGCAGGAAGAAGGCAAUCGAGGAAGCUGCUGAGCCAGCGCCUGCCCCGGCCAAACCCACAAGGACAACUGCUGUGAAGCGCAAAGCCCAGGCUGAGCCUGAGGAUGCUGAGCCGCCCAUGGCCAAGAAGACUGUUGCAAAAAACGCCGCGCGCACUAUCAAGGCCCAGACCAGAGCCGCACCCGCACCUGCUCCGGCAGUGAGGGCCACGCGUGGUCGCAAAGCCGAGGAGCCUGCCGCUACAGAGGAUCCCGAACCCAUUGAAGAGGCCCCUAAGCCAGCUGCCGCCCGUACGCGCAAGAUCGCAGCAGUAAAAAAGGCACCUAUCCCCAAGGUCGAGAAGCCUGCUGUCGCCCCAGAGCCUGCCGUCGAAGAAGCAGUCAAGCCAACAUCAAGAGCUAUACGCAAAGCACCUGCAAAGAAGACGCCCAUCCCCAAGAAGAGCGAGCCUGCAGUUGUCGACAAGACCGUCACCAGCGAGCCUGCUAAGCCAGCACCCCGUACACGCAAAGCAGCAGUGCCAAAAGUCUCCGCACCCGCACCCGCCAUCGUACCGAGAGCCACACGCGGCCGUAAUGCCCCUGCAGUCCCACAGGAGUCGCCUCUCAAGGCUCCGGCCCGCAAGCCUACAAAGAAGGCUGCUAUUGUCACUAAGGCGAAGCCUGAGCCUGAGCCGGUCGCUGAAACAGUCGAGGAGCCUGUUGUUGAAGUCUUUGAUGAGCCUAUUGCUGAGAUCAUCGAGCGAUCUGUUCUAGAGGCCGACGAAGAUGCAGUCAUGGAGGAGGUGGAGGAGCCUGUCGUGGAGGCAAUCGAGAAGCCGUUCACAGAGUUCCCUAGCUACCCGACAACCCCCUCCCACAUCACUGCCCCCAUGACCUCAAGAGAGGCAAUCGCCGAGCUUCCCGGCUACCCCACGACUCCCUCGCAUAUCCUUGCACCUUUGUCGAACAAAGCCGCUCUUAGAGAACUCGCAGGAUAUCCCACAACACCUUCGCACGUCGCUGCAUCUGUUGCAAUCGCUACACCCGAGGUUCAGGCCGAACUCAUGGAGCAUGGGUACAAUGACGUCGUCAUGGGCGAUGUUCAGGAGACAAAAGCAGUCGAGCAGAUUGAGGCUUGCCAUACUUUUCAGGCUGCCGAGAGCGUGAUCGAAGCCACAAUAGAGGUGCCAGGAAGCCCUCAGCACGUCAAAAACCCUCGCAAUGUCGAAGAAAAUGACUGCCAGGGCCGCCAGACUACGGUCGAUGUCUCCUUCACCCCGGCUGCAAAGACCCCGAUAUCGGUCCAGCUAAAGACACCAUACCACGAUGCGACGCCCGCCCAGCGUUCGUUUUCGGACAUUUCCGGCACUCCACCUGCACACAUCGUCUGGGGCGUCACCGAUCAGGAAGCAUUCGAGGAGCUUCCUGAGGCGUACCCUGCCACACCCGCCCACGUCAUCGCGCCCAUCACCUCCAAAGCAGCACUGGCCGAGCUCCCGGGUUACCCCAAAACACCAGCUCAUAUCAGCGCACCUGUGACCUCCAAGGCAGCAUUGGCCGAGCUCCCGGGUUACCCCAAAACACCAGCUCAUAUCAGCGCACCUGUGACCUCCAAGGCAGCAUUGGCCGAGCUUCCAGAUUACCCCAAAACACCAGCUCAUAUUAAGGCGCCAAUGACACCACGUCGCGCUCUCGCUGAACUGCCCGACUACCCCACCACACCAAGCCUGGCUCUUGAGGCUGCUCUCCAGGAAGAGAUCACUGCUUCAGUCAAGAAGCAGACACCCUCACCUAUAAGAUUCUCAACUCUGAAGAAUGACUCAUUCGAUCUCGAGGAAUCGAGCGAGCUUGCCGACAUCAGUGAGCUCACCGACGCUAGCAAACUCAGUGAGAUUGUUCCUCCAGACACCGCUGUCGAGGCUUCUCCUUUUAUCACUAAGCCAACCAUGCAACUGGCUCCGCUCAAACUUGCACCUACUUUUGCAGGCCUCGAGCCAGUGUCACCGAAGAAGUCCGCCUUGCGAUCACCUCAGAAGGUCAUGGACGCUAAGACUCCUAAGAAGACUGUCGCUUGGACAGAUGUUCAAGCAGACGAGAGCGAUCUAUUUCUCUACGAAGGCAUCCUCCAGGGCAUGGUCUUCUACGUCGAUGUCACACGGAACGGUAGGGAGCAGAACUUCUUGUUCCGCGGUCUGCUCGAGGAUCUCGGCGCGAAGGUAGUCCAAGACAUAUCUCAUGCGUCUCUGAGCCACGUUCUCUUCAAGGAUGGAAGCAUGUCCACACUGGAGAAGUGCCUUGAAAGCAAAGGAGCCAUCAAGUGUGUCAACGUGGGGUGGGUGUUGGAUAGUGAGUCGAACAAGAAGCGUAUGGACGAAGACCAUUACCUAGUCGACCUAUCGAUUGCGAAGCCAGCAACUCCUCUGCCCACUACUACGGCGAAGCCAUUCACACCUUUCAAGACUCCUUCCAAGUAUGCGCUACCUCCUUCCUCCCAGUGUAAAAUGCCUAGCACCCCGACAAGUUCUGAGUUCGAUCGCUCUUUCAAUGACGAUAAGGAAAAUUGCGAAGUUGGGAUGUUUUUCGACGACAAGAGCCCGCUUGCACCUCGCACACUUCCCCUCAAGAAGUCGUCUUUCUUAUUCAGCAGAUCAGCCAUCAAGACCCCAUCCAAGUCCAUCUUCCUUGGGGCGACGCCAUCGAAAGCGACCUUGUCGGCUAUAAAGCCUGCGCCUCAGCCCUUCACCACCGUCAAGAAGCGCCCCGUAGAGUCUUCCUUCUUCAAUAGCGCCCUUGGCCCACCCAAGAAGCUGCGCCUCAUGUAG